CGGCCCAGCAGUGCACCGAAUCGCUUGCACCAUCGUCCUCUUCUUUCUUCGUCGGCGCCCGCCCUGCCGAGCCUUCCUCCAGCCUCUUUCCACCAAAGCACACCGGCCACCCCAAAGUAGCGCUCCCUCCGUAACCACUGUCGUCCGCCCCAUCGCCCCGCCCUCUAUUCGUAUUGGAUUGGCGUGGAGUGGAGAUCCAUCCAGAUUUGGAUCUGUUGCUUUUGUUGCGCGUUGCUUUUCUCCACGGUGGAAUGGGUGGAUUAUUGUCAAUCGAUGGCUCUGGUUCGGUUCUGUUAGGCUUUUGUUCUUCAGCGCGCGCAAGAUCGAUCUCAGUUGACGCGGUAGGACUGAGGGGGCACAAGGAAGCAAUAUCAAGUUGUUUGGUGAUAAUGGACCCAAAGCAUUCAGCUGAAAUGUCCAAACAUUUGGACAAGCAGAAUCAAGUACUAAUGGGAACAUACCGAGUUAUGUCCCAUGAGUUGCAUAAACUUCAGGUAGAAGAAGAAACAAUCAUGCGAAAGUUGUAUGAACUGAUGUCCACAGAAGGGCUUCUUCCAAAGUGCAAGAAAGAAAGGAAACUGGAGCAAAGCAUUGUUGAAUCAACUCAGGAAAACAAAGAAGGGGAAUCAUAAAAACAUAACUGCUGUAUGCAAUUUGAUCUGACAUGAAUACUAGUUCAGAUGGAGAGCUAGGUGUCUGUUAUCUUCUCCAUGGCAGCACUCUUCCAUCAGGACCAUCACAACUUGGGUGACCACUGCAUUUAAAUUUCCAGUGUGAUGGAUUAACUGUAUAACUGUACAGAAAUAUGGUCUCAACUCCAGAUGCAUACUGUUGAGAUUAUCAAACAUGACAAUUAAAUAUUGAACCUGAUUAUUGGUGCUGUGAUGAA